UUUUAAGGGGGGUUUGGGUUUUCGAAUUUCAAUCAGAGGUGAAAUUUCUUUAGAAAGAUUGUUGGGUUUUUUUUUUUUUUUUUUUUUAAAUCAAGGGAGGGUGAGAUUUGAUUAGCUGUUGUAAGUAGGAUUAAUGGUUUUUAUGUGAUUUUCAAGCAAAAUUGGUAUUUUCUUUAAGCAAUUUUUUCUAGUAGGAUUGGUUGGUUUUGAGUUUUGGGCUUUGUUAUUUUCAGGCAAAGAGGUGAAUUUUUAGCUGUUGUGAUGUGAUUUUCUAACAAACGUGAGGUUUUUUGGGCAGGUCUUGGUAGGAUUUGAGAGUUUUCUUUAAUUCAUUUUCGUAAGAAACAUUGGGAUUUUCUCUAGUUUAAAUCAGGCAAAGGGUGGUGAGAUUUUUCAACAAUUUUCAGUAGUGAGGUUUUCUUGCAAAAUAGAGACAAGAUCAUUGGUUAUCAGAUGUGAUUUUCAUGCAAAGAUGAAAUCUUUGAGCAGUUUAGGCAUUGGCCUGAGCCUUGUUUUUGGCUGUCUUUUUCUAGCCCUUGUUGCUGAGCUCUACUACUUGCUAUGGUGGAAGAAGAGAAUAUCAAAUAGAGACAUUGAAGAUGACUACAGCAGCUCUACGAGAGAGCUUUUCUAUCUCCUCUGUUGGAAAAAGCCCACCUCCUCUUCCACAGCUCUAAACCCUCACACAUCUGCCAGAAUCACAGAUGGUCAUGGCCAUCAUGGUCAUCCAUCUGAUGACCAUUCCAACACUAGUGGCAUGGAUCUCUUGCUCAAGCCCUAUGGAGAGGAUGGUUUGGACACAGAGCUGAUGAGGCUGCACAACCAACAUGGCCCACCUAGAUUCCUCUUCACAAUCAAGGAGGAGACAAAGGAGGACUUGGAAUCUGAUGAUGGGAAAUCCAAGGGUGAUAAUAAGAGCAGGAAAGGGUCCAGAGGCAAGAGCUUAAGUGACCUACUCCUUGCUGUAGAGACCCCAUUUCUAACCCCUCUCUCAUCCCCACCUUUCUUCACUCCCCCUUUAACACCAAUGGAUUGCUACAACCAAACUGGUUUCAAUCCUCUCUUUGAGUCCUCCACGGAUGCUGAGGUGAGUAGGAUGAGGUCACCCCCUCCAAAAUUCAAGUUCUUAAAGGAUGCUGAGGAGAAGCUAUACAGGAAAACACUCAUGGAGAGAGCUCUGAAGGCCCAUAGGAGUGGUGGACCUGUGGAAGAUGAAGGGGUGAAAGGCCCUACAUCUUCAAAAGAGGAAGAUGGGUCUUUUAUUACCAUCCUCAUUGGUAAGAGCAAAGAGAAAGAUCAUCUCCACCAUUCAAGCUCCUCACAGGUACUUCCAUUGCCUUCUUCCCCUUCAAACAUCAGGCCAGUUAGCAAAAAGCCCAUGAUCGUCCAAUAGAUGGGCCCAAGAGACCAAAAUAAGAAAAGGGGAAAUGGGUUUAUUUCAGUUUGGUCUUGUUGUAAUUCUUACAUAAUUGCAUUUGGAUGUGAGUCUACUCAUUGCAGCAGAUCUUUCUAGCAUUUGGGUUUCCUUUGUUUCUCUUGUAAAUCCAGCUAACUAAAAUCUCCUGUCAGAUCUUGAGAAACAGCCAUCUUCUAUUUCA